UAGUCUUAAAUCCCAAUACAGAAAAUAAAAAAUAAAUAAAUUAAGACACUGUGCAAGGUUUCGUCUUUCGAUACUCGCUGCCCGAAAAAAAAAAAAAAAUUUUCUGCUCUCCCGAGCUUUGACAGAUGCAAGGUGACGGUACACAGAUGGGAGGUAGAGCAAGUGAUGAAUUUCAUAUUGGGGAUUUUGUGUGGGGGAAGAUCCAUGGACACUUGUGGUGGCCUGGGCAGGUCUGCAACCCAUCAGAUGCAUCACAGGAAGCCAGGAAUUUAGAACAUCUUGAUCACCAUGUUCUAGUCGUGUACUUUGGUGAUAUUACCUUUGCUUGGUGUGAGCCUUCCGAAUUGAAACCCUUCAAAGAGGAGUUUGAACAUAUAGUUUUUCAGAAUAGUUCUCAGAGCUUUAUUGGUGCCAUUAAUGAUGCUAUGCACGAGAUAGAAAAAUGUUUAAGGUCAGAUAUGACUUGUUAUUGUGUGCCGCCUGAGAAAGUUGAUCGAUUUAGGAUCAGUAGGCAUAAUCGUAAUGGGGAAGCUUCUAUUGCUAAUUAUUCUCCUGCUGCAUUCCUUGAUCACCUUCAAGAUGUUGCUCAAGAUGUUUCAGUAGCCAAUAUGCUUGAUGUUAUCAUGUUGAGGAGUUGGGCUGCUUCAUUCUAUCUUAGAAAUGGAUGCUUUAUUAAAAUGAUUGAGGAUUUGUUCGAUGAAAAACAAACUGAUCUCAAUGCCAUACCUGAAAAUUCUUACAAGGAUAAACGUGGACUAGAGUUCCAAAUAACUACCGGAAGGGUGGUUAAAGGACCGCAGAUUUCUGGGGAUGAAGCCUCCAGGAAGAAGAGAAGUAUGGCUGAACUCAUUCUGAUGGCUGAUCCUGAGGCAUUGCUACAUGGUGGGGCAGAGGAGGACAAACUUGGAAUAGUUGAGAAUGAGUCAAAAGGCCUUACAAAUCUGGGUUUAUUGAUUAACCAGAAGAAGAAGAAGAAGAAGAAGAAGCGGGAAAAGGAAAAAAACAAGGUCCCUGUUGCUAAGGUAACUAAUGCUAUGCAUGAAGAGGAGAAUGGCUCUACAAGACGGGAGCGAAAGAAGAGCAAAUAUUUAUCACCCCCAUACACUACUGGGUAUACAGAGCGCUCAAAUUCAUUCAAGUUGGCAGAUUCUGAUGUGUCGGAGAGUGAUUCUGAAUCUUCUCAGCAUUUUCAUGUUAAAUAUCCCACUUACAGUAGUGGCCAUGAGGCUUCCACAAAGGAAGGUGAUCGGAUGACUCAUUUAUCUAACUAUAAUGAGGCUUCUGCACUUGAAUUAUUCAGAAAACUUCUCUUUGCGGCAAUAAAUCCUCUUCUUUUGGGAAGGAAUUUCCCAUUGGAGUCAGUGAUGGAAUUCUUUGUGAAGCACAGAAGCUUGGUAUACUCUGGCAUUUUAGAGCUUGAAAGUCUACCUGAGCAGCGAGAUGAUUCAGGCACUUUUGGAAAGCUUGCACUGCAUGAGAUGGAGUCCAAUGAAGUUUCAUCUGGAAAAAAGAGAAAUGACCACAAGGAUGAAUCUAAUCCAGAAAAUGCUUUGGGAAAACAUGUGAAUAGAAGAAAAGGGAAGAGAGAUCAAGCUACAACAGAAAGUAUAAAAAGUUAUUGUCUGAAUGGGGUGGAUGCUUUAACAGGUAGAUCAAGGUAUAGAGGGAAGAGAGGUUCUGAUGAAAUUCUUAGUGAUACUGUGGAAAAAUUAGGUCAUAUAACUGUCAAUAGUUUAGUGGAAGAUAAAAUAGAAGAGAAGCAAAGUAAAACUAGGGGUAUCGUUAAUGAUAGGAAAACAAGACAAACAGGAAAUGAACAUUUUAUCAGUUCCAGUCAUAAACGAAAGAGCAAUGAUGAUUUUACCAAUGGUGAGUCCAAGACUAGUUCUGAUCAGAUAAGGAUCGAUAACCCAAGGAAAAGCCUCUUCAAGUCAAAGAGAACAAAACAUACAGACGAUAAUAAUGAAAAUUCAGUAUCUCUACUUUUGACAUUUUCUCCUGGAAGCACACUUCCUUCGAAAGAUGAGCUCAUUUCGGUGUUUGUCAAAUAUGGGUUCUUGAUAAAGCAUGAGACAGAGUUGUUCAGGGAUACUGGUUGUGCAAGAGUUGUUUUUGCAAGGGCACGCGAUGCAAAGAAGGCUUUGAAUGGUAUAAGAAAGAGUAAGAAUUUCCCCUUUUUGAUUGUUGAUUGUCAAUCAUUUGAUUUGCCUCAAUGUUCAGAGAGUCCUUCACCAUCUCCAUCUGAUUCCAAUGCAUCACUUUUAUUCAUAAGUCGAGACCUUCAAAGGAUGAUACAUACACUUUCACCAAUGAAAGGUACUACUACUCAUGAUUUGAAGCCAGAGGUCACGAAAGAUUUAAUUAAUGACAUCAAGAGCUUACUAAAUAAGGUUAAAAAGUUAAUUGCGUGACUUUUUAGACAAACUAAAUGAUUAGGAAUGUUUGUAUUCCUGAACUUUGGACAUCUAUUUACCUGUUACAGUUUUAUAAACUUUUAUACGCAUAUCGUCCUGAAUGUUAUCUUAAUCUACAUAUAUUAAGGGGAUCAACUACAAAUAUAGUAUUAUGGAUGUUGUUUUAGGCUAUGAUAUGGAGAUUAUCGUGCAAAAGAUGUUUGCUAUCUAUUUUGUAAAACCUUUUUUAAUGAACAUGUUUGAUUUUUGUGUAGA